AUGCCCUCUAUAACCGACUUACCCAUAGAGAUUUUCUUGGACAAUUUACUGCCAAUACUUCCAGUGAGCGACCUUGCCCAUUUAGCGGAAACUUGCAAGUUCUUUGCUUUGCUUGCAUCCGAUGGUACUUUUUGGAAACUCAGAUGUCAAUCCGACUUCAAUUUUUCCGGGGCUGGAACUGCUCGAACCAGUGGUUGGAAGUUUAUUUAUUCACGUCUGUCCAAACCACGCGUUUUUGUUUGGGGAGCGAAAUCUCAUGGGAGACUCGGGUUGUCAACACUGCCUAAAACCUCGCUUAAUGAUGUACCUUUUCCGACUGAGCUGAAAAUACCUGGCGCCCGUAUCGUUAGCCUUGUCGCAGCCGGAAUGUCGUUUCACGCCUUGGAUUCAAAGGGAGACGUAUUUGUUUGGGGAACUCUUGACGGACUUCACCGUGCCCUGACUAGUGAUGGCUUUUCCGAGGCCGGAAAACAAGCAGGACGCCCACUGAGACUGCAGUUACCAGUUUCGAUGCGUAGUAUCAGCUGCGGGAGACUGCAUGCGGCGUCUCUGGACUCCCAAGGCUACGUUUGGAACUUUCUCAGCUGGGGGCGACCAUUCCGAUUAACCUCUCUCCGUCUCACGACAUUUGACUCCUUACUAAUUCAAGUUGAAUGUGGGUGGAAUUUUUCUUCUGCUUUGACGAAAACUGGCGACAUUUUUGUUUGGUGGCCAUUCUCCGGAUCCAUGGAAAGACAGAUUGAAGAGAGGAAUUCAGUGAUGAAUAACGCCGGCGAUAAGAAAGCCCAUGUCUCCAGCGAUGGUGUCAUUACAUGUGUGCCUUGGGACCUUGACAUAGAUCCCGUUGCUUUGCCUUCAUUGCCUCCUCUCCCUGCCUUGAAUACCUCUCCGGAAGGGGACGUCGAUGAAACGAUCAGAGUCAUACAGAUAGCAUCGUAUGACGGUCACCUCAUAGCUCUUACAACUAAAGGACAUGUCCUCAAAUUCGGCUGCCUAGAAGACGAAACGACAGUAACUCGUGGCCGAUGGGAAUAUUUGCCAAGGUAUAGUGAAGUUGAAAGUGUACGACAGCACGCGACGUUUUCUUCGGCUGGUGGUUCAGUAGAGCCUCCAGCGACAAUGAAGAUCACUCAUAUAUCCGCCCACUUCAAACAGUUUAUCGCCUAUUCCACUGGCUCCAGCUCAAUCGUUCUUAUGGGAGACAUUAACACGACGCCCGAUUCCGAGCCACAAAUCACCCCUGCGCUUCAGAAUAAAUCUGUUAUAUCCGUUGUACUCGGAGACUAUCAUCAAGCGGCAGUGACCGCAGCCGGCAAACUCUUAACAUGGGGCGGAUACUCCGACGGAGCUCUCGGACUAGGAGACCCUUGCAAGCUCGAGGCCGGAUGCCCGGGUGCAUUCCAGACUGAGAAUGCACGGCGUAUGGCUCUAGACAGAGGGAGAGGUACUCCCGCUGCCGUCCAAGUUCCUAUUGAAGUACGGUUCGAUCAUGGCAGGAAGAAACCAAAGGAUAGGUUCUGUCUUUCAGCCGCAGCGUCUGGAUGGCAUUCGGGGGCGUUGGUCAUUGACCUUGAGGUAUGA